AUUCAAGCCCAUAUACAAAACCCCGACAUUGUGUCAAUUUUAUAAUAUUUACAUACUCAAAAUCAACUUGCUCUUAAAAUAUAUAGUUGAGCUAAGUGAUAGAAGAAAUGACAAAUGAACAAUAAACAAAACCACAACAAAUAAAAGUAGGAUUCGCUAUUUCACAAAAUGAAAGAUAGAAGGAAUUAUAAAUUAACGGUAAACAUAACUAUAACAAAAAGUAGAAUAUGCUAUCUCACAAUAGUGUGGCGUGCGUUCAUCUUCUGGUAUUGGUAAAGAGCUAAUAAAGAUAUUCUGACCUGGCGUAAUCCAAAUAAUUCACUCUUUGUAUUCUACUUAUCUAUAUCACUGCAAAAACAGUCGAAUUUAUCCAGUGUGAUAACAAGUGAAACUAGUGCAAAUAGCUUAAUGCGCCGUGAAAAAAGAGUACGUGAAUUUUGGUCUUCUCACUUUCUGUUUGCACAGCUAUGAAAGUUGUUUUUAUUCUGGAUUAAAUUAAAGGUUGAGCAUUAUUCAGAUAUUCUGAAAGGAACUUUUCAUCAUAUUGGACAUUGUUGUGAAGAGUACUGCUAUCUUCUGGUAUAAGUUUGCAAGUUUAUUGGAAAACACAACAGUGAUAAGAACUUAAGAAGGAAACAAACCAGAAAGAUUAGAAAUUAAGUUUAACUUGUUGGACACUUAUGAGUAAAACAGCCCCUGUUUAAAUUUGGUGUUGCAAAAUUCAGUUUUAAAAUGGCAAGUAUGUUUAAGAACAAAAGAACCACUCUUGAACGUGUGGAAAAAUUCAUUUCACCUCUAUAUUUUACGGAUGCAAAUUUGUAUGGAAAAUUAUAUAAUGAGAGUAUAAAACUUUCUGGAUUAUACUGCUGUAACUUACCAGCAAAAGAAAAAAUGACCUUUAGUCAAGUACUGGAACAAGGUGAAUUUGUUGAAGUAAAAAUAGGAGAGUCCUUUGGUCCAACAUGGGCUACUCACUGGUUUCGAGUAGAUGUUGAGAUUCCAGAAUCUUGGGAAGGCAAAGAGGUUCAUUUGCGCUGGAAUUCUAAUUCUGAGGCUAUGGUAUGGAGUGAUAAUGGAAUUCCACUUCAGGGACUGAGUGGUGGACUUGAAAAUCAGCUAAGAGAAAAUUUUAUCAUAACACGAUGUGCUUCUGUGGAAGAGUUUCAUAAGGUGUUCUAUAUAGAAAUGGCAUGCAAUACUGCAUUUGGAGCAGGAUCUACUGGGCUUAUUUCUCCUCCUUGUCCAAACCAGUAUUUCACCUUAAAGCUGGCAGAAAUAGCUGUAUUUGAUAGAAAAGUUUAUGGUCUUCUGGUUGAUUUGGAAGUGCUUCUGGGUAUGGUGAAAUAUCUUCCAUCGGAAAGCUCACAAGCUUAUGAAGCACUAUAUGCAGCAAAUGAAAUGGUAAACACAAUUGUACCAGGAUGCAGAGAAACCUACCAGAAAGCUGAAGAAAUUGCACAUACUUUUUUUAGUCAACGAAAUGGAGAUAGGCAGCAUGUUAUUAUGGCUGUUGGAAACUGUCAUAUUGACUGUGCAUGGUUGUGGCCAUUUUCAGAAACUAUUCGUAAAUGUGGACGUAGUUGGUCUUCAACUGUUCGCUUAAUGGAAGAGUACCCCAACUUUUACUUCGCAUGCUCUCAGGCCCAGCAGUUCUCUUGGGUCAAGGAAUAUUAUCCAGCUUUGUAUGAACAGAUAAGAACAUACGUUUCUAAAGGCCAGUUUAUUCCAGUUGGAGGGUCAUGGGUUGAGAUGGAUGGUAACAUUCCUAGUGGCGAAGCUUUUAUUCGUCAAUUUCUUUAUGGGCAGAAGUUCUUUCAAGAAGAAUUUGGAAUAACUUGUAAAGAAUUGUGGCUUCCAGAUACAUUUGGUUUUUCUGCUCAGCUUCCUCAGAUCAUGAGACACUGUGGUAUGACAAACUUUUUGACUCAGAAACUUAGCUGGAAUCUGGUGAAUAGAUUCCCACAUAACAACUUCUUUUGGCAGGGAAUAGAUGGUAGCACUGUAUUAACCCACCUUCCACCUGGAGAUUCAUAUGAAAUGAAAGUAACUGUUGAAGAGGCUAUAAAGACUUUUCAAAACCUUCAAGACAAAGGCCGUGUCUCUUGUAGCUUGAUGUUGUUUGGCUAUGGAGAUGGAGGCGGUGGACCAACUCUAGAUAUGUUGGAACGGCAGAAACGACUUGUUAACGUGGAUGGAGUUCCAAGAGUCCAGUUGUCAACUCCUCAAAAUUUCUUUGAUUGCUUGGAAAAUUCCAGUAAUAACCUCUGCUUUUGGGUUGGAGAUUUGUACCUGGAAUUGCAUAAUGCCACAUAUACCACUCAAGCUGUAAUAAAGUCUAUGAAUAGGAAAUGUGAAUUUGCCCUUCGCAGAACCGAGAUUUUACUCAGCAUUUUGAUGGCUGAAAAGAAAGAACCAAAAACAGAUUAUCCAAGUUUGAAAUUAGAAAACAUUUGGAAGACUUUACUCCUUACUCAGUUUCAUGAUGUGCUUCCUGGAACAUCUAUUAAUAAAGUAAAUGAAGAAGCUUUUAAAAUGCUUAAUGAUGUUUUUGACUGUGCUGCUGAACUUGAGAAUGUUGCUGCUUUAGAGUUAUUUGGUGAGUUUGAUAAUAAUUAGAAACGUUUUCUGAUACAUCUAUUUAUCACAAUCAGAUUAUUAAUCUGUGACUGUUAUCUCUU